AUGUCUCUAGAGUUACCAAAGAGGAUUUUUAAGGAGGUCGAGGAGCCCCAAGUGACUCAGAUCAAUAACAACUGCAGGAUUGAAUAUAUUAUGCGAAAGUUCACUGAGUGGAUGCCAAAGGAGUUGGCAGUUGUGAAGAAAGAUCCGGUUUUCUCUCAGAUCUUUAAGCUCCAUAAGAAUGGUCUUGGGUUCUCCGCGAGAGUGGUACACAUCUUCUUGUGUAGGGAGCUGGUGACUUACAAAUUGCACGAGCUUUGGUUCGUCUUUGCGAGGAGACCACUCCGAUUUUCAUUACAAGAAUUCCAUGCAGUAACCGGGUUUGAGUGCAAUACUCAUAUCUCUCUUAAGGAGUCCGAAGAGUGGAAAUAUGACGGUGGUUUCUGGAGCAAUGUGUUGAGGAGAAAAGAUGGAACAUUUACACUCUUCAACCUGUGGAAUAAGGACAAGGAAGCUGUUAUGAAGUGGAAGAAUGCAGAUCGCAUACGACUGAUCUAUCUGGCCAUCAUUCUUUGUGGGGUUUUAGCGAGAGAUGAGAAGGCUAAUAUCCCCCUCAAAUACAUCAAGGUGGUCAUGGAUCUUGAGAAGGUUCGGAAGUAUCCUUGGGGAGUUGCUGCUUAUGACCUUCUCUACAACUCAAUAACCAAAACUCGUGACAACCUGAAGGAUAAAACUACUAGUUAUGUGUUGGAUGGAUUCUCGUACGCCUUCCAGAUUUGGGCAAUGGAAGCUGUACCAAAGAUUGGGAAGCUUUGUGGAAAAAAACUUGACAAAGGUUUCAUGAACGGUCCUAGAUGCAUAAACUGGAUGGGAGCUGGAAAGGUGUCAUAUGAGGAGAUCAUUCGGCUGGAGCAAAUACUGACACCUGAGGAUGACAUCUAUGCAUAUAUCGACUGGAGAGGAAAUUAUGAUGUAGUCCAAUCUGAUGCUUUUCGCAGAGAUGAUGAUGUGGAGGAUGAUAGAGUCAAGAACUUGAUGGAGUUGAUAAGAACAAGACAUGAUUUUAGUGACCAUAUUUGGGAAAUCGAAGAAGCUCCAGAGGUUUGUUCAGAUCUUCAUGACGAAGCACCUGUGAAUGAUGAAUCGGCUGUGAAUGAUGAAUCGGCUGUGAAUGAUGAAGCGGCUGAGAGUGGUGAAGACUACCAUACUCCAAAAGGAUCAAAGAACCUAGGCGCUACAUCAAGAAGGGGUAAGAAGAGGCUUCCGGAUCGUGGUAUGGAAAAAAGGAAGCAUAAGGUUCUCUCUAUUGGACCUAAGCAAACACCUUUUAAUGAAGACAUGAAGGAUUUUGUGGCACAGUUGUUUGAGCAGAGUUUCUAUGGAAUGGAACAGCGGCUACAAAAACAGAUGGCUGAGACAUUUGAGCAAAUGAGGACAGAGCUUAAAGAUUCACGGAAGGAAGCAAGCGUUGACGUUGAGCUUGGAGAGCCUUCAGCGAAGAAGCCUUCACCGAAGAAGCCGUCACUGAAGAAGCCUUCAACGAGCCAGCCACCAUUGAGGAGGUCCACACGUGGGGAAGCAUCACAGAGUUCAUUUGACGUGAAUUUUAGCCAAGCAAAUGAUUUCAUUCCCGGGAUAGGAACGCAAGGCGUUGAAGGUCUUUCUCAGACCUCGUAUGUGCCCGACUUUGAUCCAUCUCAGACCAAGAAGGGAGAUGAGUGGUGGACUCCAAGGACUUCAGUCCGAGAUUCAAUAGCUCCACUGCCGUCACAUUGGGAAAAAUGGAAUAAAGGAAAAGGACUUCAACUUACUGAUUCACCAUUGCGCACAGAUGGUUCUCCGCAGUCGUCACUGUAUUAUUGCUCCGAAGAAUCAUGGCUAGGAUUCACAGAAUGGGUUAAGAAACCAACACCUUUACCACUUGGUCCGUCAAUCUUAAAUUUGUCUAUAGCUACAAGGAUAGAAAUGGAUGUAGUUAUGUUUAUAUGGCGAGUCAACACAACUUUCAAGCGUUGGGCUCCAAGCCGUGUUGCUUUCAUGAAUGCUAUGUUCUGCCUCCAAAUCCACGCUGCAUACAACAAGUUCCUUCCUAACAAAAAAGCCUAUGAAUUGCCUGAUUUUCUUCUUGGCUAUGGCAGAGGAGAGAUUCCAUCUCAUGGGCGGACUGAUCAAGUUUGGGGUGUCGAUGUUGAUCGUCUCUACUUUCCUUUGUUUGUAAAUGGUAAUCACUGGGUUGUUGUCUGCGUCAACAUUAUUGAAAAAAAGGUGGAAGUCUUUGACUGCGGUGGGGGAAAGAAUAGACAGUACGUCGAGAAGUUUGCUGCUAUGAUUCCUAGGAUAGUGAAGGCCGUUGCACGACCUGAAAAACAGAAGCAGCUACUCCUCGCAUCAUAUUCUAUCGUGGAUGUACCUAUGAAGACGAGAUUGAACAAGUCUUGUUGUGACUGCGGUGCAUACGCACUCAAGCACUUGAAAUGCAAUCUGCUUGGUAUCGACCUCAGUUUAUUGGAUGAUGAAAUAAUCAUGGGUUGCAGACAGAAGAUUGGUGUGGACUUAUGGGAGGCUGCAAACGAUCCCAUUUACGCUGAGGCAAUGACACGAUAUGUGCCUUCACCGUGGGAGAGAGAAGAGGUCUUUGACCUCGAAGAUUGA